UUGCAUGUUUAGUUGUGAGGCUGCAGCGCGUCUUCGGGCAGAAACCUCCGCUAAAAGACAGAAAGUCAGGCGAGGCUUUCGCAGUGUCUCCUGAGGCGAGGAGACAACGCAAAGAACAAACCGAUGAGAACAAAGACAAAGAAACAAUUAAAACAACAGAAGCAGGUCAAGAAGAAGAGACAGCAAAAGCAGCAGACACUGCUCUCAAAAAGGAGGGGCCUCAGCAGUACACAGCAGCAAAAGGAGCAGCAGCAGCAGCAGCAGCAGCAGCAAAAGAAGCAAAAGCAGCAAAAGCAGAAGCAGGAGCUAAGGGAGCCCCAGAUGCGAAAACAGCAGCAGCAGCAGCAGCAGCAGCAAAGACUACAGCAGGUCCGAAGGGCCCCAAGGACGCAGCAGCAGCAGCAAAAGGAGCAGCAGCAGCAGGAGCAAAGGGUGGGGCAGCAUUUAAACUAUCACCAGCAGCAGCAGGAGCAUCUAAAGAAGACGAAGCAGCAGCAGCAGCAGCAGCAGCAGCAGCAGCAGCAGCAGCAGCAGCAGGAGGAACAGGAGACUCUCCAAGGACAGCAGAACGAAGACAUAGAGGUUUAGCUCUUCAAGAGGCGUUACGCAUGCGAGGUCUGGGGCUGCGUCUAAGAGGAGACAAAGACAAGAAGAAUAAAAAAACAAAACCUGAAAAACUUAAAGUGCGAGACGCCUUUAAAGACCCUGAGGUUAGACGAAGAGUAAAUCAAUUAAUCGAAGAGGGGCUGUGGAAGCCCGGCGAUGAACUCGAGUAUGAACUCUUCCUUGACCCUCUUGCUGGGAAUGCUGAGGAUACCCCGCCACCCCCAAGCAAGGCAGGGCUGCGUUUAAAUUUGAAGGGGAGACACCGCAACAACAGCAAACAAAAAUCAGCAGCUAAAGCUCAAGCAUCAAAAGAUCCUGCUGCUGCUGCUGCUGCUGAUCCUGCUGCUGCUGAUCCUGCUGCUGCUGCUCCUGCUGCUGCUGCUGCUCCUGCUGCUGCUGCUGCUCCUGCUGCUGCUGCUGCUGGCCCCACAGGCGUCCCUCGCACUGAAGGGCUUCUUAAAAUACCAGCGAAGAAGCCUAGGUUUAAGGCAAAGCCGCAGGGGCCCCCUGCUAAAGCUCAAGCAGCAACAGCAGCAGCAGCAGCAACAGCAGCUAAAGGCAGCGGCGACCUGCAGACAGCAGCAGCAACAAAGAAAGCAAACUCAGGUGCAGCACAACCAUCUCACCAGCAGCAGAAACAGCAAUCCGCAGCAGCAGCAAAGACAACAGAGACACAACCAAAAGGAGCUGCAGCAAAGGAGACAGCAGCAGGGCCCCCUAAACCUAGCAGCAAAAAUGAAAACAGCAAAGACAAGCAGCAAAAGUUUGUACAGCCUCCAGCCCUGAAGGCCCCCGUAAAGAUACGCCCCAAGGAGAAGGCAGCAAAUAUAAAGACAGGGGGUGCCGCUAUGAGUAAGCCGAACCAUAUAUAA